CAAACAAAAGUCGAACUGUCAUUUUCAAUUUAUCAUGGCGGAGGACGAAGACGGUGUUUCGGAAAAGAACUCGCCCCAAAGUUUAAAUAAUGAGGAACAAGCACAAGAAACUGAGCAAAAUGCGUUACAACCUGACCUAGGUAUUGAAGUAGCGGGACAUGGCGAUAGUGAGAACGGCGUGGCAUCUCCCACCGAGUCAAAAAGACCGUCUUCCAAGUCGACGGGAGCAACGCGGAAGGAAGAGAAUCCGUUUUCGUUCCGGCAUUUCUUAAAGAGGGAUCUAUCGUUGCCGGGCACUUCAACUUAUGAGAACACGGGGGCUCGACCUAAGGUGUACGCCAAUACAGUGCAGCACUCGCCAACUCGGGUCGAAGGGCAUGCCGAGUCGCGCCGGGACAAGGUCCGAGCACUCGACACGCAAGCCAAAGAGAACAACGCCUGUGAUAAUGCGUCUUGUAGUAAUUCCGUAGAAAUACCUCUAAGUGUAGUGGAUAAUUCCGAUUCCAAAAAUAAUUUUUAUUCAGCCAGUAACAAUUCGCCCUAUUACCAUAAACCAAAUUUAGCUUCCGAGCCUUUAGGCAUGCCCUCAUUGCCUGACUUUGUUCAGGACCAUAUAUUAGUGGAACAGGCAUAUCUUAAUACCAAUGGACCUAUCUCUGUUGAUUUGGACAAUUUGCCAGACUUUACAUUUAAUACUAAUUUUAAUGCUGGGUCAUCAUCAUCUCUUGGUAGAAGGAAUAACAGUUAUGGAAGUAAUAGGGGGUAUGAUUAUGAGGAGUACAUGGGUGCAGUGUCAGCUUCGAAUGAUUCUGGAUCUGGACGAAAUAUUCCACUUGACCUGCCAGAGGGAGCUGAAGCUGCAGGGCCAGUACCACUGGACUUGCCUCCUCACUUGAGCCUGGACCUCACUGACUCUGUGAAUCCUAGUGACAGGAGAAAUGUGUCACCGAGAAAUACAUUUCCAUUAGAUCUGCCACCAAAUGCAGGAGCAGAAUCAAUGAGGUUACCAGAUUUUCUGCCCGUACACCCAGGAAGAACAUCCCCAGAGCCAGAGCACCAGGAUGAACAGCUUCAACAGAUCAUGUCUGAGCUUGAAAGGACCAGAUCGGAAUUGUUCACGGAGCGCAGCCGGCGAUGCAGAUUGGAAGAGGAAAUCUCCCGCCUGCGAGCCUCUGAGUCCGAUCUGCGAACUCGGCUCCGGGAUUGCACCCAGGACAGACAAUACAAAGGACAGCUUGACGCAGCCGUCUCCACUGUGGAGAAUAAUUUUAUGGAUGCUGCUGUGAGAGCAACAGAGGCUGAAUCUACAAUAGAAAGACUUAAAAAACAAAUAAAGAAAUUAAAGGAGGAGCUGGCGGCGUCGGAGGCCGAGGCGGCGGGUCUUCGCGCCGGGCAGCGGGGCGCCGCCGCACAGCUGCGCCGCGCCACCAGGCUCGCCGACACCUCGCUCAGAGAACUUUUGGCGGGACUCGGACAACUGAACACGCUCAGCUCGACGCUGGACCCGACAUGACGCGACCCGGCACGUCCGCUGUAGUCUAGCUCCGACCACAGAACAUAGUAAAUAAAAAACCAAUGUUGUCUAUGGUAACAAAGUGUGAAAUGUCUUAUGGCUUGGAAAAGGACUGAAAUUUGUUAACAUACUCGUAAGGCAAUUGUAGAUUUGAAAUUUGUUUUAUGUAUUGUACUGCAAAUGAGUUUUGUUCAUAAAUUUGAGCCACAAAAAUAAACUGUUAUUGGUUAAAUUAAAUUCAACGGCUGAGUUCACAAGCAGCACGGUGGCCGGAACUCCACGCACUGCAGCUCACCGGAUGAGAGUUUCUCUGCCUCUGUAGCAGUAGAGGGGCAGCAGACUGGUCUGGGGCAGACGCUGUCCCGGGAAGAACUACAGCUACUGAUGUUACUAAAUAAAACUCAUGGAUGUUGUUAUGCAGUAAUGUAUCGUCAACUAUUCGAAAUUAAUUCAAUGUUUAUUUGUUUGUAGGCCCUUUAAUUUCAGCUUUUCAAAAAGUCAAAAUGCCCUUUUAUUUAAAUUAAAAAUUUUAAAGACUCGAAUGAUUGAUCGAUGACGACCUGUAUUAUUCCUUCAAGGGAUGUCUAAUGCUUGUUAUACAUGCAGAUUUGUACGCAAGCUCUGGAAACUCUCAGAAUUAGUAAUCUUUGUAAUUUGAGAGACAAAGUCGGAAUUUCUAAUAGUUUUAAUAGUAUGUCAACAUUAGGAAUAACAAAAACUAAUCUUUUUACUUAUUCCAAACUGGCAAAUAAUAUCUGUUGCGUACAUUAUUGCAUGAAACAGUCCUAUUCUGUACAUAUUCAAUACUAUGCAUACGUGUGUUUCAACUGCCCGUUUUCGUAAAUAUUCCAAAGAGUGUGAGUGUAUCAUAAAUGUGUAGUUUUUAGUGUACUGUAGUAUCUAAUUUAAAAGAAUAAGAUUGUUUUAAAAUCAUUCUCAUUGAUGUUACAUUGAAUAGGGUCUUAGUGUAUUGGUCUAUGGAAGUAUGACCAGCAUCCUCGUGUGUGUUGUCAAUCUCCUCCAAUCGUAUAAUUGACGCAGUAUGUAUGCUCUAAAUCGGAUUUUGUCUUUUACAAUGACGGUCAGUUUCCACUACGGUCGUGUGAAAAUAUAGUGCGUCCUAGAACUACUUACAUUGAGUUUUGUAAGGCGUAAUCAUUUUUGUGAGAUCAGUAACGUGAUACCUCAAGUAUGAGCUAUAUUGUUUUGCAAACCAUACCCAGUGCCUAUUAAAGGUACCGUGUGCGAAAUAGAAUAUUUCAGAAUAAAAACUAAUCAUAUUUUUUUUUGCAUCUCCUGUGAAUUUGUUCCUUCGGCCUAUUUUUAUUUGAAACGGAUAUGGAAACCCGUUACAUAAUAUAAACUCUAAACUUUGAAAGUUAUUUUGAACUUGCAAACGAAUUGUGUAAAUAGAAUUUAUCGAUUAUUGGUUUUAUUAUUGUAAAGUAAAUUUAAAUAGUAGAUUUUCUUAACAUGUUGUGUAUAAGGAAACAAAAAUAGAUGACACACAAAAACGCUAAUUUGUAUUUCUUCAUUUCAUUAAUUAUUGAAAGAGAAAUUAUGCUUUAAAACAAAUUAACUAAGUUUCCAAACAAAAACUUAAUACUUAUUAACUUAUUAAUUUCAAAAAAGGCACUUGCCUUUUUACACCUUUGCCUGUAACAAAAACUUUUUGUUUUUUAUUUUGCACUUUAUGUCAAUACCGUUACCUCGGCUCCAAAGAGUAACUAUUCAGAAAAUAUUUUCUCAUAAAAUAAUUAUGUAGGUAAUUAAAUAUUAUAUAUUCUUUGUCAUUAUAAAUAGUUUUAGAAGACAAAUAAUACAAUAAGUUUUUUUGUUUUUUGUUGUUGCCUAAGAACUUGUGAAACAAAAUUUCAAUCUCUGGUUUUCAGUCAAUUUUCUCUUUGAAAAUUAUAGGUAAUAUUUACUGCAACAAUCACUGCUUAUUCUUUGGAGGGCAGGUACCAAUAACCUUUUUUUUUACUGUUGUAAUGCCCAAUGCUCUGGUGGCACUAUCGAAAAGAAAUCUAAUGUUAGUUUCGUAAUCUUAAGACCUAUUGCAGCGAUAUCUGCCGCGAGCCAGUCGUAAGGUUCACGCGUGCCACAUGCGGUAGUAGAAGUUAUAAUAAUAACUGACAAACAAAAAUUAAAAGCCUUUAUAAGUAAUGUAAAUUAUACGUUGUGUAUUUUGUAGCGACACGUGAUAUUGCGAUCAAGGGUUUCCUCAUUAAGAACGCAACGUUUAAGUAAAUCGUGUAUCCGAAUUUUAAUUACGAAAUUCAAAUGUAAAUAAUAGGCGGGUAGUUGUAAUGUUUGCGUUCAUUGUUUCCGUGCGGUCAUUCACCUCGCGCGACGCACCGUCCCGCCCCCGCCACUCGCCGUCAGCGGCCGGGGGUGGUCUUGUCAUCACACAUAUUAUGUAAAAUAUUUAGUGCCGUAAAAUGGGGGGAAUCGGGACACUUUUUAAGUUCGACAUUGAUCCUUAUCGGUUUCUUUUUGUAGUUAUUAUAGUAAUAAAACGGAGAUCAUAAUGGUUCCGAUAGUUUAAAUUUUCAUUUAUAAUGCGUUAAGAUAUAGUUUAUUAAAGAAUAAUCAUAAAAAGUUACAAAAACUCACUUUCCCUAUUUACCCAGGCGUUAGGGUGAAUCGGGUCGCUUAUGGGGACAAUAGAGUUUUUCGAUAGGGCUGGCACUAUUUAGUUGUUAGGUAGGUACCUAACUUUAGGUAAUUAACUUUUUAAUAUCUUUAACGAGUUACAAAACUUUGAUGACUAAAUUAAACUAUUUAAUAUUCUUAAACACUAAAUAAAAGUCAUUUUUUUUCCUACCGACGCCGAAAGUUUGGUUUUCGUCCCGCUGUACAGGGAAGAAAGUGUAACUUUUCCUCCUUGGGUACAAGUACGCAUGCGCGUUAGUGUCUACGUCUGCUCUCACGCGCCUAAAAUCUCCGCCAUUGUUGUGCUCGAGUAAUUUGCAAUAUUGUGUUUAGUGUAAAAGUGAAAUAAACAAAACGCAAUAAAAUUUAAUAGUGAAGUAUUAAACAAAUAUGAGUUCUUAUUCAAUUAGUAGUAAGUAGUUUAUUUAAAAAUAAAAAUAAAACAAUUUGUUUUUUUUAUAUGUAUGAUUGCAUGUAAAAUUGCUGCGGCAAACACGCGGGAGGAAAUGUCCAACUUUUCUCCCUUGGUGCACAAUGUACUAUUCACAGUUCAACAAAGUUAAAUCUAACAACUCAACAAAGGUAUUGUGACAUCACAGAUUUGUCCCUGUUCCCCCCCCCAUCUACUGUAGGUUUUCUGGUUGUGUGUCGCAAAGGCAGCUAAUGGACGUCCACCGCUUUCCCCGACGUCUCUAGAUUUCAUCAAUGCAUUUUUAAUAGGCAACCGGACAUUUGUACUACAGAAAUCUAAAAAAGACCUACAAUGUUACAAUAGUUACAACGGCUGGCCCCACCCUUCAAACAAAAACGCAUUACUGCUUUACGGCAGAAAUAGGCAGGGCGGUGGUACCUACCCGCGCGGACUCACAAGAGGCCCUACCACCAGUAACUGUAUAGAAUCUUUUUAGAUAUCCCAGCGAUUGCAGCUGAAAUAAUCAACUAUCUUGAAUAAUAUAUUCAUUUGAGUUAUUUGUACUAUAAAUAUUGUUAUAGUAAAUUUUUAUGAUACGCUAACUUAAUAAAUAGAUAUGUAGAUUAAAAAAAAUAAUAGGUAUUCACAUGUAUACAUAUAUUUAUAUAGAAUAUGAAUGAAUCGAUUGCAGAUGUUAUUGUGUUUUAGAUGGCAAUGAAAUAGAAACAUUUGGUUCUUUUUUAUGAUGAUAUUUUCUUCGGAAUCACAUGAUUUGAUUACCAAAAAUAUAAAACUAGCAUUAUCUGCAACCAACCUUGCAGGCACCUCUAUAAAACUUGUUGAAAACAAAACAUACCUAAUAUUCGGUCAAAUCCUGGUGCGUGUUGUCCCCCUACACUCUUAACUCGCGCGGAACACUCGGGUGUCUAUAAUGUUACACAGGAAUUCAUUCGAUAACUUGGUUAACGUAAAAUGGCCCUUUCUGAUAACGAUUUACGUUCAUACCCCAAUCUAGAUUCAUAGGACCAAUAAAUAGGUCAUAUCAACAUUUUCAACAUUAAAUUUAACAUUACAAUUUUUAAUUGGGUCCAAAUGUAUUAUUUGUGUGUCCAUACGAUAAUUUUUAGGUCAAGAUAUUUCAAACUAAAAAAGAUACUUAAAAACCGAUUCUGUAGCUUAAAGAUACAUCGUAUAACAAAAUAGCUAUAAAUAUAAAGUGUAUUCUUUUUUUUUUCUAAAAUACUUUUAGACAGUUCUGACAAUGCCCCACACUGAAUUCGCGACUUUGGGAAUGUUGGGAAUGGAAUGGCCAUUCAGAAGUGUAGAUCUCUAAAGUUCUCUAAAUGUUAUCAACAUAUAUUUUUUCUCUAUUUGAAUAUGUAUUGGUGAAAUAUUAAUAGUUAUUAGAAAUGGAUUGUGAUCAUACAUACAUUAAGUUAAGACUUCAAUUGAUUGGUGGUAAAAUGUACUCUUAAACUGAAGCGUCCGGCUUGAAAAGUGGUACAAUCGGAAUACCGCUGAGAGAUAACGUUGUGAUGUCUACGGACUUCACCGCUCGACACCGGGUGAGCCGCGUGACCCACCCACCCGCCUUAGAGAAAAUAAAAAUGCAAUCUAGCUGGGGUAUAAUUCGUCUUGGAACAAUCGUAUCCCAUAAUAUUACAAUGUGUUAAUUGCUAAUGUACAAAGUGAGUGUGUAUUUGCAUUGCUAUAAAUAAUGCUUAAAAUAGAUCUGUUUAGUUAAAAUAUAUUCUUCAAAAUUGGAUUCUUUGAGCAAUAAAAAGUGCUGUUCGAAUACUUUUGUAUAAAGUAUGUGUAUAAUAAAUAAGAAAAAAAAAAACAAAAUGUAAAUAUUUGUAAUGAAAUGAUUUAUUAAUUAUGUUAAUCGCUGCUGUUUGUUUACAAAUUACUAUCGUUUUUUUUCAACUAAAAAUAAAUAUUUCACAAAUCUAUGUAACAAAUAAAUUUUUUUUUAUAUAUUGGAUAAUUCAUAUCCUGAUACGAAUCCCAAAUUAUUGUUUUUUUUUUACAUAAAAUUUUCAUACAUAUUUUUUUUUAAUUAUAUGAAUGAAUAUUAUGUUCGUAAAACAUAUUUAGAUUUAAAAAAACAAAAACAAAUAUUUUGUUCGUUGCGGUGUUCGUACGUACCUACCCGGUGGCGUAUGUAUAAUGUUUAUGUUAAUGUAUGAAAUAUUAUAGGUACGAAAUGAAAAAAACUUGUAACUUAUGAGCCUGAAUAAAAUUUUGAUUUUGAA